AGCCGCCUACGCAGACCGGCACACCAAAAACCUGGAGGCAGAAACGCAAGCGCAAUCUCCAUCGCUGACCUCGUAAAGUACUCGUACGUCUCCGACACUGGCUCGCAUACCCGGUUGUACCUCAACGUCAUUUCUCAACUUGUUCUGCAAUUGUCGCCUAAUCAUGUGGUAGAGAAGGUACUUGGAUUGGCACUGGAAAAGUAUGGCGGGGGACUCUGCAGUACUAUAUCAGAUAGCUAA